AAAGCGCCGGGAGCUCAUUGUGCGGAGUGAUCUGAUUCGGACUACACCCAGCCGCUGCCUCACUGCCCUGGCUUUCUUUGCUGCCCCAGCCUUGACGUUGGUUAACGUCGAAGUGUGGGUUAUAUUGGAGACUCUAAAUUCGGCUGUAGGUUUUCUUCCAAUUUGGCUGUCCCUUGUUUGGCAACCUUACUUCCAAAGCUGUAGGGAUUUUUAUAUAGCAUCAGUUUCUUGAAUAUGUCUUGGCAAAGCUACGUGGAAAACCUGAUGGCCGAUGGCAGCUGUCAGGAUAGCGCCAUUGUUGGGUAUACGGACGCCAAAUAUGUUUGGGCAGCACAUGCCGGUGGUACUUUCAACAAUAUCACGUCUCAAGAAAUUGAUGUCCUUAUCAGUAAGGACAGGGAGACCUUUUACACCAGCGGUCUCACUCUGGGGUCAAAGAAGUGUUCAGUCCUCAGAGACAGCCUCCAGGAUGACGGGGACUGGACAAUGGACAUCAGAACAAAGAGCCAAGGAGGAGAACCUACAUACAAUAUCUCUGUGGGAAGAGCUGGAAAAGUUUUGGUUCUUGUAAUGGGCAAAGAAGGGGUCCAUGGAGGCGGAUUGAAUAAGAAGGCUUACUCAAUGGCAAAAUACUUGAGGGAUUCAGGGUUUUAAUGUUUUCAAGCUCACUUAGAUAAAAUUGAGGGACAAAAAGAAGAGAAAAGAAAUGUUGCUGUUUAAGAUUUCUCCUGCAAGCAGUCAAAUGUCUUGGAAACUUUUAAUAGCAAUGAAGAGUGGUAAGAUACUGUGUCACCUUUGUUCCCCCCUUCAUCCUGUAGGGGGGAGACUCUUCAAUCUUGUUCAUUUCUCUUUUUUUCCUUGUGUGCUCCAGUAUUGGUUUUAGUCAUGGGAAAGGAGGCGGUCCAUGGUGGAAUUCUUAACAAGAAAACACAUGGAAUGGCUGAGUACCUGAGGAGGUCUGGAUAUUAAGCAACCUCUCCACCCAUCCAUCAACUUAGCAGCUCACUCCCACUCACUGCAUUGUGUCGACACUACUUCCAGGAUUAGAUGGCAUACAAUGUUACUUCCUCCACAGUCUACUUUUAUAUACAACCUUUUGUUUUCUGAACUCCCCCCCACCUUUUUUUUUAAAGUAAAAACCUUCCCCACUUUAACAUUGUACUUCUCAUGUUUUUGGCACUACAGUAAUGGCAUGUUCUUUGAAAUGUUUAAUAACCAAAAGUGUGUGCAAAAAAUGAUUGCAAAGUGUAAUAAAAGUGUUAAACAAAUUUGGACUCACCUUGUAUAACAUUUCACUUUGCAACUACCUAAAAUUCCCAGGGGAAGUACACAUGUAAUGGUGGUGACAGUUUCCAUAGUUAUGCUUUUUUGAGGAUUACUAAAAUAUGCUGGGUUCUUGUUUCGUUUUUUGUUUUUUGAUCAUCAGCAUGUGGGCAUUUAAAAGUUGCAUGCAUACCCCUCUUUAGCAUACAGAUCCCAGCCCUGUCUUCUCUCUGUCCCAGCGUAAUAUUCCAGCCAAAACCAUCUUCUCAUCUGCCUCCCUCGUCAGGUCUUCAUAGCUUCCGUUAAAGAAAUUACAGAUAUCCUCUGACAAAGUCCUGUUUGCGUGAUUCGCCACCUUCAGGCACAACUUCUUUUAUCCUCCAUCACAUGCUUUUGCUGUCGUACCUGCAUGUGGUCUUAAAAGUUAAUGAUGUGGUGUUGGGCUGUUGUUUGGUUGUAGUGUAAGGUCAGCAUUACUGAGGUCUCAAGAUAUUGUCAUGAUACUUCCACACAUCCUGGAGUCUCAGUGGACAUUCCACCUCUGUGACAGCUCUGACAUCGGUCAGUCAGCUCCUGCUAUUUGUAAAUUUUGCUGUGAAUCACUACACACACACACACACACGUUAUGUGAGGUUAUUUUUUCCCCAUCCCCCAUCGACCAAUUUUCAGUAGAAGAGGAUUAUCAGAAUUACUUCAUCUUAUUCUGAUGGAUGAUUGUUGACAUCACCUGUUGACUGUAUAUCAUUAAUACAACUUCAGAUGACUGUAAAACAUUUAGCUGCUUCUUUAGACUUCAACACUAAAAUGUUCACUAACCGAUUUGUUGCUAACUUCAUGUCCAUUAACCAAUGAAACGGCAAUGUCAUUUUACAAACAGUAUGAAUGCAUUUUGACUGUAAACCCAGGCUGUUGGGCUCCAGCACCUUGGAAUUAUUUGCCUUGUGCUUUAGUCAUCAAAAGUGUAUUCACAAAUUGUCAUAGUACGGUACUUAGAAGUAUAUUUAAAAGAAAAAAAAUGAUGCUGUGUACACUAAACAUAUUGAAAAUGGUGUUGGUUGGAAUAAGAACAUUUGUAAGUUGUCUUGUGAAAAUUUUCUGAGAAUAACUGUAUUCUGUGCCAUAAAAUCGAUCGAUCUGUUGCUACUGCGAGUUGGAUUUUUAACUGCUGCCCUAGCAAGAAGUAACUUUUAAUGGCACUUUCCUAAGGGAUAUUUUGGCAUCAGUAAUCUCCAGACUUUGUGGAAUAUGUACAGAAUUAAACAACAGGAAAAUA